AAAAAUACAGAAGACUUCCUGUACUUUUCCAUCAACUUCCGGUUUUAAGACUGUCAUGGCUGGUGUUACAAAACUGACUACUAGGCUAACUGGCCUUGCAGUGGCUAAACAUCCCCAUCAGACAUUGAAAAUUCUAUAUGAGAAAACAUUGCGGACCCUCCAAAAGAUGCCGGCCACUGCAUCUUACAGGAAGUACACGGAGCAGAUCAUCAAUGAGCGCAUGCAUCUAGUUAAAACUGAGCCUGAACUGACAAAGCUAGAACACAAAAUAAACUCUGGUCAGUUGGAAGAAGUAAUUUUGCAGGCUGAAAGAGAGCUGAUGCUGUCCAGGAAGAUGUUGGCAUGGAAACCAUGGGAGCCAUUAAAAUCGGAAGCACCGGCGGACCAGUGGAAGUGGCCUCUGUCCUAGAGCGGUGUUGUGACGAACAAUGUAGAUAAAUAAGAGAUUUGUGUUGACUCACUACAUCGCAGUGUUGCAGAUGCUGAUCACAUGUCUUAAUGUGUUUGAUUUCUCUUGUGUGGAAUGUAUGAAGAAAACACUUUAAAACUUUUCUGUAACAGAUAAUAUAUUGAUGUUGGAUGCUAAUUGCACAUGUCUAUUGUUAAUCAGUGAUCUUUAAUAGGUGGUGAGCUUUUGGUGGCUACUGCUACUGCAACCUACUUUUGAUGCUAGCAGUUCUAUACAUCAUUGUGUCCAGUUAAUGUUGCCACCUACUUUUCUUAGACUUGUAAUUUAUAUUGCAAAGAUAAUGAACACUGGGUUAUUGUAGCACAUCUGCAGUUGUUUGUGAAAUUCAAUCUUAACACACUUAAUAUUUAUUAAAUCUUUAAAAUAUUUUCUUCAGUGCUGUCGGUACGUGCUCAUGGUUUUAAUGUAUGCAUUCAGCAGUCACAAGAUUGUAGUUGAAUGUGUUUGUAUAAAAUAAAAUACAUGUAGAUUUCA